AUGCAGAGAUAUGAUGGAAGUACAGAUUCUUUAGGAAGUGCACCCAACAGAGACGUAACUUCGAGACAACAUGUGCCUUCUGAUUCUGUGCAGAUCUAUACAGAGCCCAGUUCUGAAAUUUGUGUUAAACGUUUCCCUAAAGCAAUAAUAGCCGGCGUAAGUAAAUGCGGAACUUUUGCAUUGCUUUAUUUCCUAAGCAAGCACCCAGAAAUUGCUGCACGCGUCAACACAGAGAAAGAGGCCAAUUUCUUUUCGCAAAGCGGAUCAUAUCACGAAAGAUACAAUGAGUUAUUUCAAACAUUUUCUAAAAUCAAUCCAGAAGAAAGAUUAUUAAACAUAACGUCACAGCAGUGGAAUCAUUCUAACGAGAAUGGCAACUUUAAACGGCCAUCGGACCUGGAUCUUUACCGUGAAAUUAUGCCAUGUAGCUAUAGCAACCAGAUCACGAUGGAAAAAUCUCCAUUGUAUUUCUUUUCCAAAUUUGCAGCUGAACGAAUAAAGGCUUUGGACGCAAACAUAAAACUGGUUUUUAUAGUAAAGGAACCGGUGGAGAGAAUACUGUCUCAUAUUGCUAUGUUCAAUGACCGUGGCAUAAUUGAUCCUAAUUUGUCAGUGGAAAAUACUGUAUUCGCAAAAUCAGCGGACAGUAGUAACAAGACCGUCGAUGGAGAUGCUAAGGUCGUUAGGGAUUCAGAUUACCAGUUGCAUAUACGAUCUUGGUUGGAUCAUUUUCGGCGUGAACAAAUACUGUUCAUUGAUGGAGAUGAAAUGGUGCGAUACCCCUUAGGUGAGUUAAAGAAAGUGGAAAAGUUUCUUGAUAUAAAACCAUUCUUUAUUCGAUCGAUGUUUAAAUAUAACGAAUCAAAAGGGAAAUAUUGUUUCGUGAAUGGAAAAGACAGUGAAAGCGAAUGUCUACGGAAAAGUAAAGGAAGAGAACAUCCGAAGAUCAACGCUGAAACGAGAAAACUUCUUCAAGAGUAUUUCGCUCCAAAAAAUGAACAAUUUUUCCGUUUAGUGAACAAAACAUUUGACUGGUGA